UGGUGUGUAAAAGGAAGCUCGAAAGUAAAAAGGAGGCAUUGCUAAUCCUUUCCAAAGAACUGGACACCUGUCAGCAAGAAAGAGACCAGUACAAGCUUAUGGCCAACCAGUUGCGGGAACGACACCAGUCUCUGAAAAAGAAGUAUCGGGAGCUGAUUGAUGGGGAUCCAUCCCUUCCACCUGAAAAGAGGAAACAGGCAAAUCUUGCUCAACUACUGAGUGAGGCUCAAGAUCAAAAUAAGCAUCUUGGAGAAGAGAUUAGAGAGCUUCAACAGAGACUGGGAGAAGUACAAGGGGACAAUAAGCUUCUUCGAAUGACAAUAGCAAAGCAACGACUUGGAGAUGAUGAAGUUGGGGCUCGCCACUUUGCAGCACAUGAACGGGAGGACCUUGUUCAACAAUUGGAGAAGGCUCGAGAACAAAUUGAGACUCUGAGAUAUGAUCUUCAGGCUGCACUGGAUGAGUUACAGGAUGUGAAAGAGGAACGUUCUUUUUACCAAGAUAAAUCUGACAGACUAAACCAAGAACUUAAUCAUGUCUUAGGAGGGCAUGAAAACCGUAUCAUCGACAUAGAUGCUCUAUGUAUGGAGAACAGGUAUCUUCAAGAGAGAUUAAAACAACUUCAAGAGGAAGUCAACCUUCUUAAGUCUAAUAUUACUAAAUAUAAGAAUGCACUAGAGAGACGAAAAAAUUCAAAGACUCAUAGCAGAUCCAGUAGCAGUGCUCUGACUGGAGUCCUGUCUGCAAAGCAAGUCCAGGAAUUGUUGUCAGAGGAUCAUGGAUGUAGCCUACCAGCCACACCACAGUCCAUUUCAGAUCUCAAAUCACUGGCCACUGCAUUGCUGGAAACUAUCCAUGAAAAAAACAUGGUCAUACAACACCAAAGGCAAACCAACAAAAUUCUAGGUAAUCGAGUGGCAGAACUAGAAAAGAAAUUAAGAACUUUGGAAAUUGCUGGCUUGUGGAGUCUUCCAGGUGGAAAGGAUACCAUAACAUUCAGUGACCCAACCUUGCCUGUUAUACAGCGAUCCAGGUCACCGUUAUUAGCGUUUACUGAUAAGCCACAGAAAACCGAAGUACAAGGUGAGCCCCUGGAAUCAGAACAGAAGGGAGAACAUGAUGAAACUUGUGCUGUUGCAAGUGAGUCCCUGGCUCCAGAGGGAACAAACUUAAAUAACAGAAACCAAAAUAAACAUUUUUAUCCUUCAUUACCCCAGCUACGUUCUGAGGAAGAAGAAAUAAACAAGCUCGGAAGUCAGAUAAUUAAACUGACAGAGCAGGCAGUUGCAGAACUGGAAGGGAAAAGAGCAGGCGCUUCUGCAGGGGAGCAGAAUGUGGUGGCUGGAGCAAAGCUUAAUGGUUCAUCUGAGGGAGAGUUCCCACUUUCCAGCCCUGACCCGUCUGACCCCACAGAUCCCUCAAACUCCGAGAAUGAACAAACAGCUGAAACUGAGGCCCUGAAAGACAAUGACGAAACCUCAGAGAGUGACUGUGAAAUUCCACACGAAAGAGGGGAUGGAAAUAGCAGCACCGUGGAUGUGGUGCAUACUGAGGACCCUGGAAAGUGUGGAGGGCUCAGUGUUACAACUGCACGUACAAAUAACAGCUUUGAGGAGCUCCCCGAAUCUGAAAACAAGAAACCAUCUGAUUCUGCUGAAAACUGUGAAUAUUUGGAUAACAGUUUGGCUUGA